UUCACCAACUCAGCCUCUCAGAGUGCUAGGAUUACAGGUGUAAGCCACCGCACCCAGCUUAUAAACAACUUGGCUUCUGCCAUUUGCUGACUGUUGUGGCCCUGGUAAAUUCAAUUCAACAGUUUUUAGGUUGUUUUUAGUGACCUUUUGCUUUUUUGUUAUUGGAUACAGUCUCGCUGUAUUGUCCAGGCUAGAGUGCAGUGGCAUCAACCUAGCUCACAGCAACCUUAAACUUCUGGGCUAAGAUACUGUGCUUGAAGUAGGAGGUGCACCAAAAUGUCCCAUGGUUCCAGCGCCGGUUUUGACCGCCAUAUUACCAUUUUUUCACCCAAAGGUCAGCUCUACCAAGUAGAAUAUGCUUUUAAAGCUAUUAACCAAAGUGGCCUUACAUCAGUAGCUGUCAGAGGGAAAGAUUGUGCAGUAAUUGUCACAGAGAAGAAAGUACCUGCUAAAUUAUUGGAUUCCAGCACAGUGACUCACUUAUUCAAGAUAACCGAAAACAUUGGCUGUGUGAUGACAGGAAUGACAGCUGACAGCAGAUCCCAGGUACAGAGGGCACACUAUGAGGCAGCUAAUUGGAAAUACAAGUAUGGCUAUGAGAUUCCCAUGGACAUGCUGUGUAAAAGAAUUGCUGACACUUCUCAGGUCUACACACAGAAUGCUGAAAUGAGGCCUCUUGGUUGUUGUAUGAUUUUAAUUGGUAUAGAUGAAGAACAAGGCCCUCAGGUGUACAAGUGUGAUCCUGCGGGUUACUACUGUGGGUUUAAAGCCACUGCAGCAGGAGUUAAACAAACUGAGUCAACCAACUUCCUUGAAAAAAAAGUGAACAAGAAAUUUGAUUGGACAUUUGAACAGACAGUGGAAACUGCGAUUACAUGCCUGUCUACUAUUCUGUCAAUUGAUUUCAAACCUUCAGAAAUAGAAGUUGGAGUAGUUACAGUUGAAAAUCCUAAAUUCAGGAUUCUUACAGAAGCAGAGAUUGAUGCUCACCUCUAGCAGAGAGAGACUAAGCAUUAUUAGUUUACCAAAUCUGUGAUGCCACCUGUCUACGUGUUUGGAACCAAUAGACCAACAUUGUGGAGGCCCUUGGACUGAGAAAGGAACCUCUCCCAAUCCUCCUCCUGCUAGGAAGUGGUUAGGGGUCACUAUCACUUGCUGGAUAAAUA